AUGGACGAAUCUCGAGGUGUCCCCGUUGAUCGAGUUUACCCGCAUUUCACCGCGGUCUUCUCUGCAAAAUCCGCCUGGCCCCGGCUAAUCGUCGCGGCUUUGGGUGUGGGAUAUGGGGAACGGGGAACGGGGAAGGGGGAUAGGGUGUCUGAACUGCGCGUCCUCCUGCGUCCUCCAAAGACACUUGAAGGAACUAAGGACAGGGGCUUGACGCCGGCAAGACCAUGUCUGAUCUAA